AUGACAAACGACAACGAUCUUGAAGCCAAUUGGGUGGUAGCCAAAGAAAUGAUUGAACGGGCAAGUGAGCGAAGUGCGAAGAUGAUCUUCUUUCCCGAAGCCGUCGAUUAUGUAGGAAGAACUCGAGAAGAAGAGGUGUCUCUUGCGAUUGAAGAAGAAAGCGAAUUUAUCAACCGAUUUCGAGAGUUAGCGAAAAAACACACUAUCUGGAUGAGUCUUGGAGGUUUUCAUCGCAAGGACAACGACCUUCUCCCCUUUAACACCCAUCUCAUUAUUGACUCUGAGGGAAAAACUGCGACAAAGUACGACAAAUUGCAUUUAUUUGAUCUCGAAAUUCCUGGAAAAGUUCGUUUGAUGGAAAGUGAAUUCAGUAAAGCUGGAUCUGGGCUAAUUCCACCCGUCGAAACGCCAGUAGGUCGUUUGGGUCUUUCAAUCUGCUACGAUGUGCGAUUUCCAGAAUUAUCAAUUUUCAAUCGAAAACAAGGCGCCCAUAUUCUCUCCUUUCCUUCAGCAUUCACGCUUAAUACUGGAUUGGCCCAUUGGGAGGUAUUGCUGCGGGCAAGAGCCAUUGAAAAUCAGUGCUACGUGGUUGCCGCAGCUCAAACAGGAAAACACAAUGAGAAACGACAAAGUUAUGGUCAUGCAAUGGUCGUCGAUCCUUGGGGUGCUGUUAUUGCUCAAUGUAGCGAAAGAGUUGGUAUGGCUUUUGCCGAAAUCGAUUUGGACUACGUCGAUGAAAUUCGUCAAUUGCAACCUGUGUAUUCACAUCGUCGACACGAGCUCUACUCUUUGCACUUCAAUUUGACAGACAAAGCCGAUUCGGAGGAUCUGCAUUUUUCACAGCAUUUGAUCAAAAAAGAGUACAUAUUUGCUCGCUCGGCUUUCUCUUAUGCUUUCGUAAACUUGAAGCCCGUUUUGAAUGGACAUGUCCUCGUAGCUCCAUUGCGCGUCGUCAAGCAUCUAACUGAAAUUUCGAAUGAAGAAACGGCGGACCUCUUCAAUUUAAGCAAAAAGGUGCAAAAGAUGCUCGAAGCUCAUUAUUCAGUCGAUUCGUGUACUGUUUGCGUUCAAGAUGGACCCAAAUCAGGACAAACAAUUGAACACGUUCAUGUGCACAUUUUACCACGACGCGCCGAUGAUUUUGGAGGUUCUACGGAUACAGUUUACAGGGAAUUAGCGAAACACGAUAUUGAUGACCGUAAGCCGCGUACCGAUGCGGAAAUGGAAACCGAAGCGGUAACUUAUCGAAGUAAAAUGUACGGAUUG